GACUGAGCGAGGCUGGAGAAGGAGCUGAAGGAAGGGAGCGCAGCCUGCGUGACAGCCAUCGAGCACUUUGAUAUACAGACGAUUGUCAGAGACACGAGGCCGAGCAGGCUGCUGUCUCCUCACAGAUAAUGAACUCCUCACGGCUGCUGAUCCCUGAUGAGGAGCCAGCGCUGAUAAAGACCCUCUCGUCCCUCCUCACAGUGACGACUGCACAUGCUCUACACGCAGCCCCUCUAUGAUCUGAACACAUUCGGAAGAGCUUGAAGCUGUUGUUAGUUGCUAUGACAACAUACAUACACUGCCGUUUGUAACCCGGAGGACGACCGACAUUAGGACUUGCUACAGGAGAAAACUUAUUUAAAGUUACAGAUGGAGGCCUCCUCACAGAGCAGAGAUGGAGGACUGUGGAACAAGCCCAGAGCGACCCAGUACAGCCAGCAGACCCAGGACCUGCUGAGACUAAUGAUGCAGGAAUCAAGACUCAACAACCUACAGAGAAAACAGAUCAACCAAUGCCUCAAAAAUGGAGCAGCUUUACCUCUGAACUCUGACCCUACACCAUCAUCUUCACCCGUUCAGCUGAAAACCAGUAAAUGUGUCCAGAAGCGUGUUCCAGGGAAGCCUCAGAGACGCAGCGCUGAGUCCUGUCGCUCGGAUAACAGCUACGUCAGAGAGAAGUUCUGUCCUGGUCCUUCAAGAGACUUGGAGAAAGAGAAGAGGAGGCUUCAGAAUAUUUUGGCAACAGGAGAAGAAGAGCCCAAAGCUUCCCAACAUGUUUCUGCCUGUCGGAACCAAGAGGUCGCUGAGCAGAGAGACCGCUAUCAGAUAGUUGUGGAUGAGAUACAGGAGAGGAGACAGUUCCUGGCAGAGAUGGGCUCACUGGGUCAGGAGAGGCAGUACACCAGCAUCAUCAACUCGGAGAUAUCCCACAGGAUCCGAGAACUGAAGGUGUUGGAGAAGACUCGCAGUCUGACAUUUGAGAGGCAGGUCACAGAAAAAAUGGCGAUAAAAGAGACAGAAGAAGAGAAGACUCACUGCCACUGACAUUUAGUCAUUGCUCAUGAUCUGUAUCACGCACUAAAGUUACAAGAAACAUGAAGGACUUGCAGUAAGUUAUUUUAUUCCUCUGCCUUCCAGUGUCAGUAUGUUUUGUAAUAAUCCUGCUGCUGUUUGAGAACAUGUGGCGCCACAGAAGCCCUUGGUUACAGCCGACAGGACAGGCACAGAGCAGAGACACAACGCAGACUACAGUUCAAAUGGAGGACUAACAGGAACAGAAUGAGUAAACAUACUGACAGUUACAUCAAACAAAUGACGCUGAAAUUAAAUAAAUGGCACGUACAAACAAUA